GCCUUAACAUACAUGCAGUAAUUCACACUGGAGAGAAACCUUUUUCAUGCAGUCAAUGUAAAAAAAGUUUCAGAUGUAAAAGCAACCUUACAGCACACAUGAAAAUUCACAGUACAGAGAAACCUUUCGCUUGUCUUCAGUGUGAAGAGUGUUUCAGAGAUGCAAGUCAACUUAAGACACACAUGACAAUUCACACUGGAGUGAAACCAUUUGCAUGUCAUCUGUGUGAAAUGAGUUUUACAACUAAAGGCAAUCUUAAGUCACACACGAGAAUCCACACUGGAGAGAGACCUUUCGUGUGUCAUCUGUGUGGAAAGGGUUUUUCACAACUAACUAACCUUAAGAUUCACGCAAGAGUUCACACCGGAGAGAAACCGUUUACAUGCACUCAGUGUAACAAGUGUUUCAGUAUUAAACCCAACCUUACAGCACACAUGAAAAUUCACAGAGAUGAGAAACCUUUCGCUUGUCUUCAGUGUGAAAAGUGUUUCCGAGAUGAAAGUCAACUUAAGAGACACAUGACAAUUCACACUGGAGAGAAACCAUUCAGAUGCUGUCAGUGUGGAAAGAGUUUUACAAGUAAAUGCACUCUUCAGAUACACAUGGCAGCUCACGCUGGAGUGAAACCAUUCGUGUGUCAUCUGUGUGGAACGAGUUUUUCAUAUCUAUCCAGCCUUAAGAAUCAUGCAAGACUUCACACCGGAGAGAAACCUUUUACAUGCAGUCAAUGUAAAAAAAGUUUUACACGUAAAAGCCACCUUACAGAACACAUGAAAAUUCACAGUAAAGAGAAACCUUUCGCUUGUCUUCAGUGUGAAAAGAGUUUCAGAAAAAAAAGUCAUCUUAAGACACACAUGAGAACUCACACUGAGAGAAACCAUUCAGAUGCUAUUAGUGAGAUUCAAAAGAAAAAUUCGCCCUAAUGCACGCGUGACGCCUGUUUCACACAUACUCCGUAUGCAGUGCGUUUGCGGUGCGUGUUGCAGUACGUAUGCGGUGCGAUCCGUCAAGCAUUUAAAGUGUGCUAUUGAUUA